AUGGUACUUAUACUCCAAGUGUCUUGUUACGUUCCUCAAGAUCUUCACGACGGAUCAUCAUCAUCAUCAAUCGUCACUAGUACUCAUAAUUUAAUCGAACACAAUAAUAUUAAUAAUAAUAAUAAUAAUAAUAAUGAAAUUCGAAAUUUGGCCGCGUUAAGAAACAAUUAUUUAGCAUCCAAUGACAAUAAUAAUAAUAAUAGAAAUCGUUUGUCGAUCGCCAUAAAAAAUGCUCAAUUGCGUAAUAAAAGACACGUCACGUACAAUUUUUGUCCGAUGAAUUGCGAGUGUUCGACGGUCGCGAGCAUUUUCUGCCAGGAAACGUACUACGACGACAUCAAACCCUUCCUUCGAAAAAAUUUAACAGACAUAUCCAUGAGAAACGUUUUGAUGAAAAAAAAAUCAAAAUCGUCGUCGUCGUCGUCGUCACCGUCACCGUCGCCAUCCCUUCGCGAUUUCGAAAACUUGAAAGUUUUCAAAUGGACGGAAAGCGACAUGGAACACUUGGAGGGCGACACGUUCGACAACAAUCGCAAAUUACUCGUUUUAGACAUAUCAAAAAAUGAAAUUCAAGAGCUUGAAAAUUCAACGUUCAAAAACCUGGCGAACCUGCAAAGUCUCAACUUGUCCCACAACAAUCUCAAGGAUUUUCCCGCGGACGGACUCGACAAUUUGAAUUCUCUCCGCGUUCUCAUCCUGUCGAACAAUCAAUUGCAAAUGUUACCCUUCGGAAUGUUGGCACCCCUCAAGGAAAACAUGAGCUCGAUAGACAUGUCCGAUAAUAGAAUAAUAACGAUACAAAAUGAUUUUUUCACGUUCACGCCGAAUUUGAAAAUUUUACGGUUGAACGACAAUCAAAUACAAAAAUUGCAAAUCAAUACGUUCAACGAUUUGAAACGACUCGAAGUUUUGGAUUUGUCGAACAAUAAUUUAAACGAAAUCACUCGAAACGUUUUUAACAAAUUAACGAGUUUGACUAGUUUAAAUUUGAGCGGAAAUAAAAUUGUCACGCUGACCGGAAAUCCCUUUAAAAACCUGUACAAUUUGAAAAUUUUGAAUUUGAACAACAAUCCCCUGGAAGCGAUGACGGGAAAACAAUUGGAAAAUUGUCACGAUUUGGAAAUAUUACUCUUGUCCAACACGAGUUUAUCGCAUUUGUCGGAUUUCGAUUUGUUCGGUUUGAACGAAUUGAAAGUAUUGACAAUGAACGAUAACAAACGUUUCAAAAAUUUGGGAAGAUACGUUUUCGAUUCGACUCCGAACCUUCGAAAUCUUUCCAUGUCGAACUGUAACAUUUCCUCCCUUUCCGAAUCCCUGUCGAAUUUGAAAAAUUUAUCGAGUCUCUUCCUCAUGCCGAAUCCGUUGAUUUGCGACUGUCGAAUGCUCUGGUUUAAUUCCUACGUCGAAAAUCAUCCGCACGAUUUGGAUGUGAGUUCGUUCACGUGUCGUCACGACGGCAUAUCCGUGCCCACGAAUUUGAUUCAGACUCUCCGGUCUCUCAACUGUCAACCCCCCGUUCUCAUCAAUAAAACCGAAACGAGAAAAUACAAACUUCGUUCGGAUGCUUAUUUGGAUUGUAAUUUCAAAGGAUCCCCGCAUCCGUCGAUAACUUGGGUGACGCCCAACUUGGACGUCUAUCAUUACAAUUUGGAUCCCUCGAUUCCCAGCUUGUUUUCCGAUCAUUACCCGGCUCAUCACAGCGACCUAUCGAAAAUCGUCGAGACCUCUUCGAAAUCCCGUUUGGAAAUUCUAGACAAUGGAACCCUUCACAUAUUGGACGUUCUCCGUGAGGAUGCCGGGAUUUACACGUGUCUCGCGUCCAAUCCCGUUUCAAACGUCACCGCUCACGUCACGCUUCACAUAGAUCCCAUUUUCAUUUACGACAUCAACAUAAACGGACUCUUUUUCGGAGCUUUGUCCGCGACUUGUUUCCUAGCCUUCACACUUUUCAUACAGCUUUUGCGUUAUUUGUUGAGGAAGACUCAAUGUUGGUGCGAGUGUUGCCGCCGUGAGAAUUCACCCAGAGCAAAACAAAUAUAUCAAAUGUUAGAUAACGUUGAAAAUUACAAGAAACAACAAUUGGAAAGACUCAGAGAAAAUUACACCCAGCAGGUGCACCGAAUCAAAGAUAAUUGUGCUCAGCAGCUCGAAUGGAUACGUGAUAGUUAUCAAGGACAAGUAAAACAUCUCAAAGACAUAAGAGUUUACGGAACCAAUCAAUUGACGGCACUGAGAGAUCAAUAUUACGACCAGGUGAAAAGAGUGAAAGAUUACUCCAACGGUCAACUGAAUUGGGUGCGGGAAAAUUACGUGUUUCAAAGAAACCGAAUAAGAAAAUUUAGUUCGCAUCAAGUUUUAAGAUUGCGCGAAUCGUAUAAAUAUCAACAACAAACUCUCAACAAACUACUCGAAAAUCUUCCCAGUUUGUACGUGGACAAUUGCAGAACGGGAUCGUGCGCAAGAGCCGACAGCAUGUAUUUCGAAUCGGAAACGGAUUUCACGUCGUACGGCAACAACAAAACCGUAAAACAAACGACGAGCCCCUCCGCCGAAAGCAAUACAAACGACGAUACGCAAAGUCACGUGUCUCUUUACUACACUCCGACGGAUACGUCAGAACCCCAAAGUCCCAGAAAUUCUCCUGCUAGGUAUUUACAAAACGUGGAGUCCAUCAUUGGGAAAAAAUCGGGAGUCGCAAACAGUGAAAAGCAAAUCCCGCCGGAAACGCUGUCGUACGAAAUGGAAAAAUUUCUCAAAAAACCGUCUUCCCAGAGCAAAGGCAAAAGCAUGCAAAUGAUCAGAGCCAAACUGAGGGGAAAAGACGAGUGUAAAACGUUUAAAAACAAAUCGAAAGAUUCGGCGGAACCGUUGAAGUCUCCCUAUUAUUCCCCAAUGGUGGUUAAAUCCAGUGAUAACGUCGUCGUCGUCGACGCCGUCGGCGGUGGCGACGGCGGCGAAGAUGCGCUCAAUUUGCCCGAUUGUACAAUAUUCAUUCCAUCAUCCGGUCGGAGAGAAGAUGAUGAUGAUGACGAAACCACGGGAAAAGAUUCGUCGAGAGAAGGGAAAUCCAACGCCGCCGAGAAAUCGGAUACGAAUCAGCAAAUAUUAAACAAUAGAGUUUUUAACGGCGGAGGAGAUGAUAAUGAUAAUAUUAAUAAUUCCGAUCGCGACGUCGAUUAA